AGCUGUCCGUUGUGCUGAAAUCAGCCUCCAGGGGGGACACCAUUUCAUGUUCCUGCUGUUAUUUCCCAGCUGCACAGACUGCACCUCCAGACGGAUUAAGUAAAGUGGAGGCAUGUUAAAUAUCAGACACUAAUUAUACCGGCUGCGAAACGUGGAGCUCGGCUACCCUCUUAUGGCAACCGUCAAGAUGAUAACGACUUGAGACUUUUCCGAAGAGAGGGCUUUAAUUGCAUUGCGUGUUUUGACAGUACAUACAGUAUGCAUAUUCAUGAUUUUAAAACGUACAUCAGGGUGCAAAAAAUACUUAGUUGCACAAGCCCAAUAAGUGCAGUGUCUUGGGUUGGUUUUGCAUUCAUUCAGAUGUAAAAACUCAGAUCACAUUUUUUCUUGAGCCUUCACAGGCACCGUAAGCACAUCCAGCAGCUCUGCUUUUAAUAUCAGAUCUCUCGGUGAUUUUGGCAGUGAUUUCCAACCAUGUGUCUGAAACCUCUGCACUUAGCAGGUUAGUAACGUGAGUCUGCAGAAAGUUUGUGGAGUAUCUCUGAAAAGGUGAGCAUAGCUAACGUUAAAAGUGACAUACAAGGUUUGAAAUAGCUAAAGUAAUAUAUGCAUGGUUUAAAUAGUAUCACGCAUCAGAUGAAUGGCUGAGUUUACUAAGAUAUAGAUAUUAAAUGAUCGAAGACUUAAAGUUGUGUAAAAAGGUUGAAAUGACAUAAAUGCAGUGAAAUUGUGUGAUCAGAAAUCCUAAUUAUUGAUCCCCAGGGGCACAUUGGGUGACGUAAGAUAUCUUUAGAUCGUGUUAGAUAACACAAUCUGUUCAGAUGAACGCAUUUGAAGCACGGCAGGUGAUAUUUAAGACUUUAUCUGACAGGGUGACGAUAAGGGGGAGCUGGCAUGCUACUUUAAUUGUUAUAUUCAGCGAUAAGGGUUUUAAAUCCCGCACCUGAUUUUGUUAACAUCUGAAUUGCCCCCCCUAGUUUCCCUGCCAGUGCGCCUCCUUCUCCAAACCCACCAAUGGGCAGCACCUAUUAUGAAAAAUGAUUAGCCUGUGUUGCAGCACCGGCAGUAGGCGGUAUAGCAGAAGGGACGGAACAAAAUGUGGAGUGAAUCCAGUCUCCUGCGAGGCUGGCGGAUAAGAGCGUGUGAUGCUGCUGCUGCAACACCUCUGGAGGCGAUGCAGGAGCCGCGGUGCAGCAGCCACUGAAGGGGGGCAGACAGACACUACAACAGCGCCUGAGAGACAGCAGAAACACCGGAGGAGCUACGGAGGAUUAGCUGAUUGAACCCCGUGAUCGCCCAGUUUCGCAGACGGAGACCCCCAGCCUCCAGUCGCAGCAUAAGAUGGUGAUGGUGGAUAUACAUUCAGCUCUUGACAACAAAGUGAAGAGCAUUUCAAUCAUGGCCAGGCUCGUCCUUUCCCUCCUGCUCCUGUGUGGAUGCCAAAAUAGUCUCGGCCUGUCCACAGAGGCUCAGAAAGCGGCGGCUGCCAAUGAUAGCACAGUUUUCACCAGGAUCCUGGACGGGCUCCUGGACGGCUACGACAACAGGCUCCGGCCGGGGCUUGGAGAAAACGUCACAGAGAUCAAGACGAAUAUUUUUGUCACCAGCUUCGGCCCGGUGUCUGACACGGAGAUGGAGUACACCAUCGACGUGUUCUUCCGUCAGAGCUGGAAGGACGAGCGUCUGUGCUUCAAAGGGCCCAUGGAGAUGCUGCCGUUGAACAACCUGCUCGCCAGCAACAUCUGGACCCCCGACACCUUCUUCCUCAAUGGAAAGAAAUCUAUCGCUCACAACAUGACCACGCCCAACAAGCUGCUGAGGCUCAAGGAUGACGGCACUUUGCUUUACACCAUGAGACUGACCAUUUCUGCAGAGUGCCCAAUGCAGCUGGAGGAUUUCCCCAUGGACGCACACGCCUGCCCGCUCAAGUUCGGCAGCUAUGCCUAUCCGGUGUCAGAGGUGGUCUACACGUGGACUCAGGGGGCGGCUAAGUCUGUUGUUGUGGCUGAAGACGGCUCCAGGCUCAACCAGUAUCAUCUCAUCGGGCAAACCGCCGGCACAGAAAACAUACACACAAGCAGAGGACAGUACACGGUGAUGAUGGCCCACUUCUACCUGAAGAGGAAGAUUGGAUAUUUUGUCAUCCAAACGUACAUGCCGUGCUUCAUGACCGUAAUCCUGUCCCAGGUGUCUUUUUGGCUGAACAGAGAGUCCGUUCCUGCCAGGACUGUCUUCGGGGUCACCACAGUUCUGACGAUGACCACCCUCAGCAUUAGCGCCAGGAACUCGCUCCCUAAAGUCGCCUACGCCACCGCCAUGGACUGGUUCAUCGCCGUCUGCUACGCCUUCGUGUUCUCCGCCCUCAUCGAGUUCGCCACGGUGAACUACUUCACCAAGAGGAGCUGGGCCUGGGACGGGAAGAAGGCUCUGGAGGCACAACACCCUAAGAAACGAGACCCCAUGGUGCUGUCCAAGAAGCCCAACAACGUCUGCUCGGCGGGCGUCAACUACACCCCCAACCUCACCAAGGACGUGUCCAUCUCCACCAUCUCCAACACCACGUCGGUGCAACUGCGCGCCUCCGAGAUCAAGAUGGUGGACCCCAAGAAGACGUACAACAGCGUGAGCAAGAUCGACAAGAUGUCUCGGAUAGUGUUCCCCGUCCUCUUUGGAACCUUCAACCUCGUCUACUGGGCCACGUACCUCAACAGAGAACCGGUCGUGAAGGGAGUGGUCACGUCAACGUAAUCUCUUUUUUUUGAGUGUGUGUGUUUGUGUGUGUGUGGGAUUUAAGUUUGAGAGUGGGUGGACUAAAAAAGAGGACACAAGUGAUAGAAUAAAAAACAAAAGUCUGCGCUUGAAGAACACAAACUAUACUCAACUAUCUUAUCAAGCAGUGGACGCAAGGCUGCAGCUGAACCCCUUUCUUUUUAAGGCCUAAAAAGAACUGCUUGAUCACAAAGAAACUGCUCCUAAGACUCGGAGAGAGCGACUGCUUCGCUUCUCUUUGCAUGACGCUCCCCUCAAAAGGAAACCAUGGACUCCUCUUUGUCUUGAAUACCGACCAUGUAUAUGUCACUCACUCCUCAAAGUACUUUUAAAUGAAACUAACGUAGGCGUUUUGAGACAUUUUACAGCAUAUUCUGACCGUGGAGGCUUGAAAUGCACUAAUCUUACUUUAUGCUUUGGAGAAGAAACCCAUGCAUUGGUGUGGAAGAACAGCUCUUGAGAUUAAUGCUGCAAGGGCAUUAAUAAUUUAGUUUUCAGUCUCUUUAUUUUUUACACACCGUUGCCACUUUUUCUCCCAUUGCAGUCGGUGCUUCUAUGUCUCUUUGUACAUCUUUACAUCAAGGUUUGAAGCCUCCUGCUACAGGUCUGGUUUCCUGAAAGAGCUGGCAGCUGGAGUCCCAGUGGGGGGGAAAAGAGAAAUGGUCAAAGAAUCGAAAGCUACCUGAAGGUGGUGAAAAAAGAUAUUUGAAAUAUUACAUCGGAGGGGUUUUUAAAUGACUUCUUCAUUCAUAAUUUAAAAGUCAGGGCGGCGUGCCGACGAGAGUUUAGGAGAAACUUCUCUGGCCCACUUCCUCUGAGUGACGGGACAGCUGUUGACGGUGUGUUCAGGACAAAUUUAGGAUUGGAUAUUGGUGCUUUAACCGAGUUUUGUGCGUGGGUCACUCAGCUAGGAAACUAAUAUUCACAGUUAAGAGAGCAGUGCUCGAAACGCAGAGGGUGUCGCAUUCAAAUCAGCAGAGGGAGAGUUAGGAGAUGACCUGGAUGCAAAUCCUUAUUUAGGCAUCUGGCUGAAAAAACUAGAGAACUAGAAGCUCCAGGGGCCAGAGUCUAGUUCAGACUUUGCAUAGAGCAAACCUAUAGUGAGUUUUCAAUAAGAGGUGUAAAUUAUAACACUACAAAUACAGAAAUAAGUUUCUCAUACAACCCGACUUCAAAGAAUCUGAACUAUCCCUUUAAGAAGGACACGUUUGCCAUGAAUUCUGGGGAAAUUAGGUGUCUUUUCAAACUAAAAUCCACUACAGACAGAUCCUCAGGUAGGACAGUUACCUGCAGGAAAUUCUGACCUUUGAUCUCCAUGUGUGGUAAAAAAUGUAAACAGAAAAUUGAUGGAGAAUCAUGGUCAUACUAUUUUUAUGCUUUCUGCUCAACUGUGUCAGAAAAAACUAAGAGCGAUUUGCUAAAAUGUGCAGCUACAAUAUCUGAGUUUCUUUGUAUUUUCUCUGUCUUUAAAAGAGGGUGUGAUCAGGCUUUUAAACUACAGGAUUUGCGGUCAUUUCAUUUGAGGGAAUCAUGUAAAUAGAGGUUUAAUUUUCCACUUUGCUUUGAUGCAAAAAAGACGAUGUUAGACUCUUGAGUUUUAAGCUUUUGCAAGAAAAAAAAGAAGCAGAUUUUUUCGAAUUCCUGAAGAUAUUUCUGUCUGAUAUCUUUCUUAAUGUUUGCGUGUCUAAGAUUAUGUUCUUCUUGUUGCUUGUAGAGGAACUCAUAUCUGAGCAUUUGAUCUUUGAACCUUCAUUUUUCUACCUUGACUUGUUUUAAAGGAAGCAAUGAGCACACAUCGUGGCAUUUUGGAUCGUGUGCGGCUUGUUGGACUACGAGACAAACUCAGGAACCAAAGGACCUUUGCUCCCUGCAGCAGAGUUGCCUCAGAGUCUGUUUCUUUAAUCUCGUGGAUUUGGGGGUUGCUACUGUACCUGCUUCGCUUUGUGAAAUUGGGACCGAUCUUCAAAUAUCAGCUCCUUUUUUUAGUUUUACUUUUUGCAGCUGUAGUGUUUGUGCUGGUUUGUGUUGAAUCUGCAUUUCAUGUGAAGCUAAAGGUGUUGCUGUGUGUCCAAUGCUCAGUGGGUGUCUUAUCAGCAAAGCUUAAUUUCAGCAGCAGUGUAAAAGAACGUCUGAUCUACACAUCUAUACAUCCUUGUCCAUCCUCUAGCUCCGCUGCUUCAACAUGAUCAGGAUGCUUUUAUCCCCGUUGUUUCUGAAACAUUGAUUUGUCCAAGCUGAACUCCUCUACAGCUGCUGGAUCUCAGCUGACUAAGCCUUAUUAUGAGUUAAGGAAAUGAAAUGCAUUUUGGUCCCUAAUCAUGUGAGUGUUAUUAGCCUCCAACAUUUGGCAGUAUUGAUUUGUCCAGGACUCACACGUUCCCAUCAGCCUUAACUUAUUGCUAAUUAGCAAAUGUUAGCAUGCUCAGACAGAAAUAACAUUAUUAUUGUUACAUUUUUGCACCAAAUGCUGCUUUCAAAGGGGGUCGUGUUUACCAUGCAAUGGCGGAGGCAAUGGGAGUUCAUUUAUAGAUAAAUGAUAAGUUAAUAUAAUGAAGUUUCAGUCUUUAAAGCUAAUAUUCAUUACUGUUGAGUUUCUUCUUUCUCUGUUAGGCUUUUUCAAUUCCUACAUUGUCACCUGCUUGCUGACUUGCUAAAUUGUAAGCCUCACUGGCUUCUGGAUGCCGACAGUUUUGUUAAUCUUGCUGCAUUUAAUGCCAACAAAAUGACCCAUAUUGUAACCUCAUGACCUCCAUCUGAAGGCAGCAUUGUGCGCUCCAGCCUCACAGCGCACACGGUAGCAUGGCUGUAGACCAGUAAGAGCAGCCUGUGAGAUAAAUCUGGCGGUCAAAGUAAACACUUUGACCCACCGACAACAGCUGAAUUCCUCCCUUUUUUUAUACAAAACUUUAAGAUUAUUUUCAUAACUAUACUGCUGGGAGUUCUGUCCAUAAACACACCAUUGAAGGAAUGAGUGCCCCUUCCAUCCAACCAUUCAACCAUCCCUCUCUUCUCUAUUGCGCCAAGAAGCGAUUGCCCGCCCCUCCCUCCCUCCGUCCUUCCUUCAGCUACUGUGACAGACUCAUCUGCCAUACAUCUGUUAGAAAAGGGAUUUAGUUCCGCUUAAGUUACUUUCACCCAUUCAGGGGGGCCCCUUACAGCAAAGCGCUUCACUCCAAUUUAAGCCCCAGCCGAUGACAAAUGCUUGUUUUUCUCUCCGCAGUGUCUGGACAGCUGUGGCUGGUGCGUGUUCGGGACAAAUUUAGGAUUGAUUAUGUGUACUUUAUCCAAAGCUAGCUCAUGGGCAGGGAAGCAGACUUUUGAACUUUGGUCUCUGUCGCCUGGGGAAUGUAAUGCAAUUUUCCUUAAAGACUUCCUGUCUGUCCCAGGACAGCUGCAGACGGCCAUCACACGUGCAUGACGUUCCUCUUUUGCUUUUGAGCAUCGAUAAAGACCUUUCAUUUUAGGAAGCGUUAAACUGAGAUAUCUGCUUAAUUUUAUUUGCUGAAAUGCAGCAAAGCCAUUGUAGCUAUAGCUGGGCUUAACAGAGUAUUUGGGUUUCUCAUUCUUUGUUUUA